AUGGGAUUAUCUAUCAUUCAUAUAGUUGUGGCAGGAACUCUCAUAACAGGGGCUGCGAAUUCGCUCUUUACCAAGUACCAGGACAAUGUUUGUGUUCACCAUUGUAACAACCCGGAUAUUAGCAAACACCAGCAUUUUGAACAACCGGGAAUUCAGACCUUUCAGAUGUUUGCUGGUGAGUUUGCAAUGAUUAUUGCCUUUCUCUGGAUGAUAAGGUCCAGAAAGAAAAACGGCUAUGUUGCUCUUGAAGGUCCUGAAGGUUCGCAAUCAAAGAUAUCCUUAACUCAGAAUUACCGUUUGGCGAUUCCAGCUGUUUGUGAUUUAUGCUGCACCACUUUGUUGAACGUAGGCUUGAUAUACGUGCCCGUUUCUAUCUACCAGAUGAUGAGAGGGUCCGUUGUCUUGUUUGUAGCCAUAAUGUCUGUGUUGUUCUUGAAGAGAAGGAUCACCAGAUUGGAGUGGAUUUCGUUGGUGUUUGUAACGAUUGGAGUAUUCUUAGUAGGCAUGAGUGGCUCGUCCAAAGCUCAUGCUCCGGUAGACGACUCUGGUGCUGCUCCUGCUUCUGUUGACAAUUCAGCAAUGGUAGUGUUUGGUAUCAUCUUGAUCGUAUGUGCUACUUUACUUCAGGCUGUGCAAUUCGUGGUGGAAGAACAUAUACUUGAAAAGCAUCCAGUGCUUCCUUUGCAAAUCGUAUACACCGAGGGCUUCUAUGGUAGUGUAAUUCUUGUUUCGUCCAUGGUAGUCCUUUACUUUAUUGUGGGUGCUCUUACUCCUUCUUCCCAGUUUAAGGAGUCUCCUUUCAACCUAGUGGAAGCUGUUUCGCAGGUAGCUCAUUCGAAGCAGAUCUUUCUUUCUUCGAUUUGUAUCAUGAUCUCCAUUGCUUUGUUCAACUUCUGCGGUAUUACUAUUACUCACCAGAUCUCGGCCACUGCCAGAUCCACCAUUGAUACCUGUAGAACCUUGAUCGUAUGGACUUUGGCUAUCAUCAUGGGCUGGGAAAGCUUUCACCUCUUGCAAUGUUUAGGAUUCGCAUUGAUGGUGUUUGGCACUUUGUGUUUCAACGGCGUUUUGCAGCCGGAAACCUGGUCCUUCAUUCCGCAAGCUCUUAAGUCCGACGUCCACCCUGGCGAAAGACUCAUCGACGUAAUCGACGAACUCGACGAACCCAUUGAAAGAUUGUAGUGGAAGUAGUAGCUGGUUGGGUCAGAGUUAGAUCAUGUGAUAAAAUGGCACGUGAACAAAUUGUGAAAUUAUCGCGAUUCUCAGUCAAAACCACCAGAACAAAAGUGUAGUUUGCCACUUAUGGAACUUCUACUCAAUAGAUAGUAUAGUCAGACCCUAAGUCAUAGUCUAAUAUAGCACAAUGGU